GAUUACCAUAAGAGAUGGAUCGCGACGAGCAAAUCUCCGAUUUAUGUACUGGAUCUGAAAAUUUUGGAUUCGAAGUUGCCGAGAGGGAAGAUUCGGGAAAGCCUGGAUUGGAGUCUGCGAAGGGUUUCGAUGGGUCUGAGGAAGAAGAUGGGCUGCGAUCUAAUCUCGAGGGUUUGGGUGUGGAUGAUGGAAUUAGCGCCAGGAAGGCUCUUGAUUUUGAUUUUGUGCCUGAGAUUAAUCCCGCGAUUGAAGAUUUGGGCGAGAAAGGUGAAGACGAAAUCUCUGAUUUGGAGACCAGAGAGAAAAUCAGCGUUCCGGAAACGAAGGAAGCUGGAAAGGAGCGGCCGCUUUUCGAGACGAGUGUGCCUGAGUUUGAUACCGUACUUGAGGAAUUGGGCGAGAAAGGGGAAGACGAAUACUGUGAAUUGGAAACAGGAGAUGAAAUUAGUGUAUCGGAAACGAAGGAAGCGGGAAAGAAGCGACCAGUUCUCGAGACCAGUGAUAGUGAAGGAAAGGAGACCAAGAGAAACAAGAAGAGGAGCAAGAAGAAUGUCGAGUUCGAGGAGCUACCAGUCUCUACUGCUUCCAUGAACAUGACUAAGAAGGAAAGAAGAGAAUAUCUUGACCAGCUUCGUGCAGAAAACCAGAGGCUCUUGCGAGAAACUAGAGAUGCUGCCUUUGAACCCGUCCCUCUUGUCCGAAAGCCCAUUUCGUCUGUCUUGGAGAAAAUUCGACGAAGAAAAGAGGAGAUUACAAAGCAAUUCCUUAGCAGGAAGAAAUCCAAAUCUAUUGGCAUAUGUGACAGUACUUAUAGGGAGGAUGUGAAUGAUUUUGAGGAAGUUGUAGCCGAAGAGGAGAAUGAAGAUAUGAAUUUGAAAUUUACAAGCAAGCAAAACCCUGGAGAACAGGAUUGCUUGGAAGACUCUACAGGUCCAUCGGGGAAAUCUGACAGUCCCUCUAACAAGAAAGCUGAAAGUAACCCUACUCAUCAGGAUCCAUCUAACUCUGGAGAUGAACUUCUAGAGAAGGCGUCAAGCAGAUCUUUGGAAGAAGUAAUGACACCAUCGGUACUUGCCAUGAACCUCAAACUGAACCCGUCCCCUGCACCAAACAAAUCUUCUGAAGAAGCAAAGAACAUUAAGGAAAAUUCUGAUCCUGAGACUGAUUAUUCAUCUCCUGGGGACCCGGUUAGAAAAUUUAUUGAUGAGGAUGCUGAAGAGGAAGAUAACAGUGACAAUGAUUUACUCCGUUUUGAGGAUGAGGAUGAAGACGAGGAUGAAGAAGAUGACGAUCUCAGGGAUAUGAUUGUCAGUCAAUUUAAGGAAGAUCCAACUGAUAAAGAUAGACGUAAUGAACUACAUCAGAAGUGGCUCGAGCAACAAGAUGCGGCAGGGACAGAGAAGCUCUUACAGAAGCUAAAACGUGGUUUGCAGCAGGACGAAACAUCUUUGUCUGCAGAUGAAGAUCACGAUGCUGAUGAUGAAGAGAGGGAUGAAGAUGCUGAUGAUGAGGAAGUGCAAAAACCUGAAGGCAAUGAAGAUGAAGAUGAAGAUGAUCCGUGUCAUGCAAAUUCCAUGCGAAUGAACAUAAAGAAAAUAAAGGAAAUGAUUCCUUUAAUGUUCACAGAUGAAGAUGACGUCUAUGUGUCAUCUGACGAUGAGGAAAUGGAAAAGAAGCUCAUGCAACAGCGAUUGUACAAGAAAAUGGAACAAAAGACCAAGUUUUCAUCAUCUACCGCGGAUGAAAACUCUGAGGAAAUUCUUCGCCACAUCAAGAAGCCUGAGAUCGUAAAGAAGGCAAAACCUACUUCUUUUAAAGAGAGGGCACUCAUGGGAAUAAACAAAAACCCCGCUGCAUCCAAGUCAUCCUUCUUGGGUAGACUUACAAAGAGCUCCAUAUCAGAAGGAUCUCGCAAGCGUGGAUCAAAUAUUGUACGUGGCUAUAUAUUCGAACGUGAUGACAGUAACAGCAAAAGCUCAAACUCAGCGCCAGAGGAACCUUCAGUUCCAGAGACGAUUAUUCAAGAAAAGAGCCAACCAAGAAGAGCUCCGGCAAAAUUCACCGCCUCACAGACACAGGAGAGAUCAGCAACAUUACAGGCGACGGCGGUGGAGCAGGAGAAGAGCUCGAGGCAACGAACAACCUUGUACGAGAUUCUAAAAAUGUCUUCAAAGAAAGCUUGCUUCACAACAGGCGAGACAGUGAUAAGCAGCAGCCACACUGAGUCUAUGUUUGCUGCAUUCAAAUUGGAUAAGAAACUAGUGAAGACUACGAAUUCACAAGGAAAGAGAUGAAAUAAGUUAAAGCAAAAGAUAGAAGAACUUUGGCAAUGUGUUUUGGAAGAAUCCAGGGUUUUGUCUUACUAGUGGCAAUGAAACUGCACGUGUGAUGAACAUGAAUCACCGGAUCAUGUCGCUUUGUGUUUGUGUGGCCGCCCUAAACGGCGGUAGGACCGUGCGUUUUGGGCCUUUCCUCGUCAGAUUCAGUAGUCACUCUCAAAGUACAUAGGGUAUUACUGUAACUACAUAGACUUUAG